GACCGGAAUAUCCCAUAGAAGCCGGAGGGGGAGGAGGUUGACACACACAUAGAGACACACACACACACACACACUCACAGACGCACACCGCUGCAAAGUUGAGAGCGACAAAAAAAAGACAGCGAGGGUGGGGUGGAGGGGAAAGACAUCCAAACACACAGCUCCGAGAGCCUCCGGACUGAAGUUGUGCAUCUGGGCUGCUGCUGGCAAGGCGGGGGAGGCGGGCUGCUGUUCAAAUGCGCCUGUAAGAGUCCGGGCCAGGAGUUGACUCCUCCGCCUCCCUCCCUCCCUCUCUCUCACUCUCAUACACACACACACACAGUUCCCCCACCCACUCCGGGAAGAUUGGCGCGGUCAGAGUGAGGCAGCCCCUCUCCUGACUGAACUGUCCUGACUGGGACAGACACACACACACAGAAAGUUCUCACUGGGUUCCAGAUAGCACGCACACACACGGAGAAACACAGAGACGGAAGACAAGCUCAGGAAGGCCGGCAGCGUACACUGCACCAGGUGUUGCAUUUUGACAUGGCAGCUUCUUUACCAAGGACCCUUGGUGAAUUGCAACUUUAUCGUAUUCUACAGCGAGCAAAUCUGUUGUCUUAUUAUGAUGCGUUCAUUCAGCAAGGGGGAGAUGAUGUGCGGCAGCUCUGUGAGGCAGGGGAGGAAGAAUUCCUGGAAAUCAUGGCCCUGGUGGGCAUGGCUAGCAAACCUCUUCAUGUUCGGAGGUUGCAAAAAGCUUUGAGAGACUGGGUGACAAAUCCUUCUAUCUUCAAUCAACCUCUGAACACUCUUCCAGUCAGCAGCAUCCCACUGUACAAAAUACCUGAGGGCUCAACUGCUUUUCUUGGGUCAAAUGUUAACAGUCAUGAAAGAAACAGUAACCUUCGGGAAGCUCCUGUAAAGUUUCCAAAAUGUUUGUCUGUGAUGUGUGGUCAGGGAAUAGGGCCUAACAAGUCUGGCAUAGCAGUGAAUUCACCGCUCCAAGUAUGCAGUGAACCACGAUUCUGGCAAGGACAUUCCACUACUGAGAGUGAACAGAGUCUUUCUCCUGCUGAUCCUGCAUCACCAUCUUCACCAAAAGAAAACGGUGAAACUCUUGAUACUGCUGCAAUCAUUGCAAUUACAGAAUCCGUUGAUCGUUUGAUUCAAGGCAUCCCAAAAACAGACAGAAAUGAAAUUAAAGAAUUUUUAAAAACCAAUAAGAAGUUAGCAAAAAUGAUUAGUCACAUCUUUGACAUGGCUGACGGUGACCUGCACAAAGAAGAAGAAAUCCGGAAAUAUAGCGCGAUAUAUGGUCGGUUUGAUUCCAAAAGGAAGGAUGGAAAGCAUCUGACCCUCCAUGAGUUAACUGUUAAUGAAGCAGCUGCUCAACUCUGUACAAAGGAUAAUGCAUUGCUUACUCGGAGAGAUGAACUAUUUACAUUAGCUCGACAAGUUUCCCGUGAGGUAACCUACAAGUACAGCUAUAAAACCUCCAGGUCUAGAUGUGCAGAACAAGAUGAUUCGUCUCCCAAGAGAAUAAAAACAGAGGAUGGUUCUGUACAUGUUCAAGAAUCACUGCAGAUUUUGCAACACAGACAAGAAACAUUAAAAGAGCAAAUGGCUGUAGCCAAGAUGAAAGGUGAUGAUGCCAUGAUGCGCAAUAUUCAGGUUCAACUUGAAUCAAUAGCUGCUAAGUACAUAAUGCUUUUACGUGAGCAAACAGGACGGGACAUGUUUCAAUUGUCUGAGAUACAUCCAUCUACCGCAGCUUGCAGAUUGUAUUCUGAAGAGCAGAAUUCAAAAAGCCCUCCUGCAGACACCAUGGAUGGACAAGCUGAGAAACCACUGAACCUCAGGAUCUCUGACCAGCAGAGUCGGCAAAUAAUGCAGCAAAUGGUAUCCAGAGAAGAUCUACAGCUUGCUAAGCAAGUGUCAAAUGAAUUGAGCAGACUUUAUUCUAGCAAUCCAAGAGAAUCUCACUCUUCAGAAAACAUAGGCACCUUGAAGGAGUUUUGUCAGACAGUCCUAAAUCACACAGAAAAGAAGGAUGAAGCAUUCAAACCUAUCAAAAUAGAGCCUGAAGACAUCAGAUAGCCUUCUCCUGUUUUUCAAAAUGGCAUCAGCAAGCACCGUUACAAGAGCCUUAAUGACCAACGUUGCCUCAUCUUUGUUCCAUUAUUGUGGUUUCUGUUUUGUCAAAAGUUACUGUGGACGAUGGUUUGAUAGUUCAGCAGAAGACUGAAUAAUUUCCAACCUGAUAGUUCAUUGACUAUGUAUGUUCAAUAAAUACAAUAAGCAGCUGGUCUUAGCAGUGAGUUAAACAGCUUAAUGAAUAAUCUAUUUAAUGCUAUUUAAGGAUUGGGAAUGACGAAAAUGGUACCCAGUCUUGAAAAUACUUAAUACAUUAUGUGAAGUUUUUCUUACUAGGCACCAGUUAAAAUGAUGACUUGCCUUUCUCUAAUAAGCUAGUCUAGCAUAAAGUUCGAUAAACCCUUCUUGAUAGUUAUAUACUUCUACUCACAUGUAAAAUGGGGUGCAGUACGCAUAUAAUGUCAAAAAUUUUAUGUUUGUUUAUCACUAAUGAGGGAUGUGGGAUGGAAUCGGAUAAAGGCACUGAGAUUUGAUGAAUUAAUCUCGUUGAGGUGAUCCAAUGUGCGCCACAGUCUAAGUACAACGCUGUGUAAUGAAGGGGAAGGAAUAAAUGUAUGAAAGGUCGCUCCAGAGGCUGUCAGGUAUUUCGGGCACAGUUGCUAAAGCUAUCCACACAUACCUGAAGUGGUGAUUAGGUUUUGAGCAAUGUGUCUAUGAACUUACUUAAAUAGAAUAGCUGUCCAGAAGUUGCAGUUCUAUUUAGUUGGUUGGCAGACUACAAAUCCAGGAAAUUCCCACAUUCCUAAUUAAACUGGGGAAAGGUCAUAACUUGAAACAUUUCUAAUUAAAAUGCACAAUUGUUUAGUAGUUACUUCUGUUCAUGUACAUUGUCCAUUGAGGUUUUUAUUAGAUUUACUUUGUAUUACUGCAUAGUUUAUACGACUUUUCACAAAAUAUUGCAGCAUCUCACUUUUCUUCUUUACAUGAUGGGGGAACGGGUUUGAAAUAGUCAAUACACAGACUUUGGUCUGAAGGGUUGUCUUUGCAACAUUUCAAUUAGACACAGUGAUAAUAAUGCUGAGAUUCAAAUCUGCAUUAAAGAUUUGUAAACUGUUUUAUUUUGCUUUGUUUUCUGCUGUAUUUUGUUUAGUGUGCCUUCUGUCUGAAGUCAUGUCACAUUUUGGUUGUGGAGAAUUUAACUGAUCAAAGUCCAUAUAUUUUAAUCUGGUCAUGCAGGCAGCCAAAGCCCUGUAGUAUUUUUACUACAUACAGACCACAAAUCAUAAAUACAGCAUUAAAGACCCCACAUUUAAAUGCAAUAAUUACACAAAUAAUGCUGAUUAUUCUGAAGAUUCCAAUAGCUGGUUGUACAUUCCUGUUCAAAACGUGUAAUUUGACUUUGGUAGCUGCAUAUUACAUUUUAGUCAAAGUCGAGUAUCAUUUUAUAUUACCUAUAGUUAACUGGAGAAUAGCUGUAGAGUAUUACUCUGUUGUAGUGGCAGAUUAGCUCUUAAAGGGAAUUGAGAGCAAUUCCCCAUGGUACAAUUCAACUAAUUUGAAAACUGUGUUGUACUUUAUUGCCAUGAAAUGUUCUCUUGAACUUCGACCUGUAAUGUACUGAUGUUGCUAUAAUACUGUCUUUAGUAUGUCUUGACCGUUAGCCAAAAUUUUGUUAGAACAUAGUUUAAACUGUGCCUCCCUCAGCUCUUUUGAUCUGUAACAUGUUAGAAACUGUAAAGUGGUCAACAGUACACAUACUCUAAUAACGUAACCAAUAAUAUGUUCGUAUUAAUGUUUCCAUUUGGAAUUCAGUAUAAAGAACGUUACAAGGGCCAGAGGAUGCCUGGGAGAAUAGUAGAAUUUCUAGUGGUCUGUACUGUUUGAAAUUGCUACUUAAAAGGCAAAGGGCUGGUGUUAAUUAUAUCGAGUGGUCUGAAAAUACAGUAUAGGUUGUUGAAUAAACACUAAUGUAUUUAAUUUGUUAU